AUGUCUGAGCCAGCACCGUCGGACGUCGCUCCGAUGGAUGUCGGCGAGGUGUCGGACGUUGCUGCUCCGUUGCCGGCGAGCGCGACACACGUUGCGACCGGCGGCGACGCGGCACCAUCGCUUGCGCCCAUCGCACAACUGCGUCAACAAGCGAUCGCACUAAAGCAUCAGCUGUUUGAGCUGUCCAAGCAAAUGUGCCUCGGCAAGAAGGCAGAGCUGUUUUAUCUGGAGCACCACCACUCGAUGCUGGAUUUCCCAAACUGGGACGUGGCAGCAGACGCCAAAGCGCAAGACCACCUCCUGGCGGCAGCCAAGCGACUGGAGGGCGAAGCAACAAGCACUUCAACGACGACGACGACGACGACGACAACGACAACGAAUACGGCUCCGGCUUCUUCGGCAACAUCCAGCGGUGCAGUGUCGACACCAACCCGGCUGACCCCCAACUCACACACUAGUGCAGCAGCACCAGCAUCAACAGCAUCUCCGUUAGGAGGAGGACUGCACACACGAAGAUCCGGGUUGGCACCAUCCCACUCUGUGAGCUUGAAUGUGGCGGCUGCGCACCAUCUUGCGACCGACGCCGCGGCCAGCAUCUCGGAAGCAGCGUCUGCCGACACGACCUCCUCGAACUUGCACUCUCCGGCCUUGUCUGAAACAGCCGCCCUAGCGACACCACCAACACGUACACCAGCACGAACAAGCUCAAGAAAGCGCGAGGUCAUGGCGCUGCUUGGAGACGCUGCCAGUGUCGUUCCAGAACUGGCCACUUCGGCUGCCAUCACGCCGAGCGCCUCCGGUGUCGUCAGCCCCGGCUUUUCCAACGUCACCACGUCUGGUUUGUUCUCCUCGGGCGCGUCCAACAUCCAGCAACUCUUGCGGCACCGACAGGAGCAGACCGCCCCUCCCCAGCGACGCGAUUUUGCCGCAACGUUUGCUGCCAUUCAUGCAGACGAAGACCAGCCGUCGCGAGAGGUGCUCGAGGAUCGCAUUCGCCAUGAGGUGGAUACAAUGGCGCGAGUGGCGGCGCUGCGUCGCGAGAAUUUGUGGUUUGUCAACCGGCUGCCAAAAUUGCAAGAGCCAGCGCGGCCUCGUGCACACUGGGACUACAUGCUGGCUGAAAUGGCGUGGAUGGCCAAAGAUUUCGCCACCGAACGCAAAGUCAAGCUGAACGGCAGCAAAAAGUUGGUUCGCAUGGUCCAGCGCCAUUUCGAGGACGCCAAGGAGCAGCUUCAGCGCGCCGAGCGCCAAGAGGUCAGCCGACGCAAAAAGGUCUGCGCCGAACUCGCGAAAGCGGUGCGCCGCUUUUGGCAGCGCAUGGAAAAGGUGGCCCAGUUCAAGCAACAAGCCGAGCUCAAGCAAGCACAACGCAUUGAAAUGGACAAGCAACUCGAACUCCUUGUUGGUCAGGCAGACAAGUUUUCCGAGCAGCUGGCCGAAGGCCUCUCGACCACCGCGCCGACCGUCACCAUUGUCUCGUCCACAGAUGAACGCGGGCGGUCGCUGCGGCGAUCCAACCGCGGGACUGUGGUGCCCGUCGUUUCUGCACCACCACCUGCUGCGGGCACUCCAGCCGGAGCUGGCGCUGUCGUCGCGGAGGCCGGGGAGGACGAUCCCGACGAUGCAAACGACGCGGAUGUCGUCAUGAACGAAGACGACGAAGAAGAAGAUGACGAAACUACACUCCAGCAGGAUGCUGGCGAGGAAGGCGAAGAUGAGAAUGAGCUCGCCGAGCUCAUGGCUGACGACGAGCAAGAUCUGCCCAUCGAGUUGCUUCUGCAACGGUAUGGUUACAUGCCUGCAACAACGACGGACGACCCCACCGCCACCACCGAGGUCACAUCGACGACGGCUGGCCCUCGCAAGCGACGUCGAAACGACUCGGACGACGACUCGAGUGCGUCAACUGCUGCUCGCACACCAUCCCAGGCCGCUCACGUCUCCAAAUCUCGGCGCAUCGAGGCCGAUGCUUCUCCGAACAGUGACGCAUCGCAAGUCACUUCGACUGACCCCAAGAGCGCCCAUGCCAAGCAGGACUCGAGCGCCAAAGAAGACUCGGACGCUGAUGCAGAUGAGGACGUCACGAGCGACGACGACUCGGCAUCAAGCGACGCUGACGCUGACGCUGACUCUGACUCUGACUCUGACUCUGACUCUGACUCUGACAAUAAUCCCAAGGCGACAGCUCGAGAUGAGGACUUGCUGUCGUUUUUGCAAGGAAAUGGCGACUCUUCCCGUCGCCACACUGAGAUUGACGAUGAUACAAGCCAACAUGCCCUGAAUGAAGCUGCUGCGGCAGCUCAGAGCAUUCAACCCACCGGCUUUAGCCUGUCGACAACGUCCGUCAAAACGCGAGUGCCAUUCCUGCUCAAGUACCCGCUGCGCGAGUACCAGCACAUCGGACUUGACUGGCUGGCUACCAUGUACGACAAGAAGCUCAACGGUAUCCUGGCUGAUGAAAUGGGUCUGGGCAAAACCAUUCAGACCAUUGCCAUGAUGGCGCAUCUCGCCUGCGAUCGUGGCAUCUGGGGACCGCACCUCAUCGUUGUGCCGACGAGUGUCAUGCUCAACUGGGAGAUGGAGCUGAAAAAGUGGUGUCCCGGCUUCAAGGUUCUGACAUACUAUGGCUCGGCGCGUGAGCGCAAGGAGAAGCGAAACGGCUGGUCCAAGCAGAACGCUUUCCACGUUUGCAUCACCUCGUACAAGCUCGUCGUGACUGACCAUGCCGUAUUUCGACGCAAGGAGUGGGUCUAUCUUGUCCUGGACGAAGCACAAAACAUUAAAAACCCAAAGAGCCAGCGCUGGCAAACGCUGCUCAACUUUAAGGCCGAGCGACGGCUCUUGCUGACUGGCACGCCCCUCCAGAACAACCUCAUGGAGCUCUGGUCGCUGAUGCACUUUUUGAUGCCUCAAGUGUUUGCGUCGCACAAGGAGUUUCGCGAAUGGUUUGCCAAUCCUCUCAGCAGCAUGAUUGAAGGCAACGAGGUGAUGAACCAGCAGCUCAUCAACAGGCUCCACAAGGUGCUGCGUCCAUUCAUCCUUCGCCGCAUCAAGGCGGACGUGGAAAAGCAGAUGCCCUCAAAGUAUGAGCACAUUAUUCCGUGCCGUCUUUCCAAGCGUCAGCGUUUCUUUCAUCCAGACCUGUUUGAAACGCGGCCCAUCAUUACGCCGUUUGCAACCCCGCGGCUCACUGUUGCUUCAACCUCGCUUGCGCUGUCCUUGGCCUUUCCCAUGGCGUUGCUGCGGGCCAAACUCGGUCGACUUGCGUCUUGUCGCAUGCCGGCAAUACGAGUAACAGCGGCGUCUCUGUUGGAUGACACGUUCCGCGAUGGUCUGCUCGCAACCUCCGUUCUCAACCUGAACUUGGUGGACUUUGACAGCUCCACGAGCAAGUGGGCUGAGGCCGAAGCUGAACGUCUGGCUUUCGGGUCGCUGGACGAGUUUCUCCAAGUGCAUUCGGUGGGGUCGAGCAACGGAUUCUCCUCCCUGUCGAACGUGCCAACUUCUGGAAGCAAACUGCCGUCAGAGCUGCAGGCCUUGCGGGAUGCCGAGCGCUUGAAUCGCGUCCAGCGUCUUUUUCAAACUUCCAGGCGUCGGCUGGCGCGUCGGCCCUUGUACGGCUCGGACUUGAUUUCUGCCGUGCAGCUGUCGCCGAACGGCGCCAUCAACCCAGCUGAGCAGGCACUGUGCGAGUUUCCGUCCGUUCAGCCUUCCACCAUGCUGAUGGACGCUUCUCCUCGCGUCACGGCGCCCUCUGCUGCAUCAGCGGAUGUUCGUGCAUCGUUCAGCAAGCUCCGCUGCUUGGUGCGCUCGGUCGAUGAGCGCGUCGAUGACAUGAUGCCCGUGGUGUCACGUUUUGUCAUGUACGUGCCUCCGGCCUCGGUCGCGGGUGGCAGCGCCUUGUUGCAUGCUCCGCACAUUCCGCCUUCCGUGCAAGUGGCUCAAGACGAGCUCGCCAACGUUGUGGGCUCGGCGGUCGCACCACUGACGGUGCCAUUCCAUCCCGUUGCGAAUGCCAUGAGCGCAGCCUUCCCAGACAAGCGUCUGAUUCAGUAUGACUGCGGCAAGCUGCAGGUGCUGGAUACGUUGCUGCGAGAUUUGCGCGCUGGCGGCCACAAGUGUCUCAUCUUUACCCAAAUGACGCGCGUUCUUGACGUGCUCGAGCAGUUCUUGAACUUUCACGGUUACGUGUAUCUUCGCUUGGACGGCACGACCACAAUUGAGCAGCGUCAGGUGCUCAUGGAGCGCUUCAACCGCGACAAGCGCAUCUUUUGCUUCAUCCUGAGCACUCGCAGCGGUGGCGUGGGCGUCAAUCUCACCGGCGCCGACACUGUCAUUUUUUACGACAGCGACUGGAACCCUGUGUGGGAUGCACAAGCGCAGGAUCGAGCACAUCGUAUUGGUCAAACGCGGGACGUGCACAUUUACCGCCUCAUCAGCGAGCGCACGAUUGAGGAGAAUAUUUUGCGUCGCGCCAAUCAAAAGCGUCUGCUUGACAGCAUGGUGAUCAACGAUGGCGGCUUUACGCCAGACUUUUUGAAGCAAGGCGACCUGCGUGAUCUCUUUAGCGACCAUGCGGGGCUGAAUGCCUCUCUGGCAUCCAGCUCCGAGCAGGGCAUUUCGAGUUCGACGUUUGUGCUGCACCAGCAACAAUCAACCGGAAAGCCGGCACGCUCGGGUCCCGAGCUGACUGACAAGCAAAUCGCCCAGACGCUUGCUUCUGUCGAGGACGAGUCUGACCGCAUUGCUUCCCUGCAGCUGCGUCGCGAGCAAGCCGACGAGCUGUCUGAAUUCAACGAGGCGAUUCCGUUGGUGGAUGCCGAGGCUGGGCAGCACCAUCACCACCACCACAACAAGCACCGAGCUGCUGACGAUGCCGGCAACGAGCACUCGUCGAGUGCAACAGCACAGCCUGUUUCGAUGGAGGUGGAAAAGACGCGCGAUUCUGCCCAAGAAUCUCCUUCAGGCGGUGUCGCUGCGGAUGCCGCAAGCGCCAAACAAGCAGCUGAACUUUCCAGCAUUGAGCAGCAGCUGACCGGUGUCAUGCGAUUUGCUCUCCGCUACCUCGAAAACAUGUACGAGUUUUGGACGACGCCCAUAUCCUCGAUUGUCACCACAUCCGAUUUGCGCGACGUCGAUAUGCUCACGGUUGUGACGCUCGAGCACGACCCCGCCCAUCCCACCGAGCUGCAACACGAAAAGCUGCAAGAGCUGUCGAGCCUGGAGGCCAUGCGUCAAGCGACAGAAGCACUCUUGUCUGUCGACCGCCGAGGUGUGAGCGACAGUUCUGAUGGCCGCGACGCUCUUUCGAGUGCCGGCCAGGCGCCGAACGGUGUGCAAUCUGGUAGUGCUGGCCUGCCCAUCCACCCGAGUCUGGACAGCAGCAACAACGACCUCGUGUUCUACCGGCGUGGCGACGAUGUCGCCGGGAAUAACCCAAGCGACGCCCAGCUUCGGAGAGAGGCUGGAAAUUUUCCAAUUCACGGCCUUGAUGUCAGUGUCAACAACCUUACCAGCGGCAACGCUUUGAGCGGCCUGACGACACUGGAUUCCGAACAUCGACGCCGUGACUCCAACCAGCAGGCCGCAACCACCACCACCAGCACCACCAACACCACCACCACCACCGCGGGUGCUGGUCUCAUUCUCGACAAGGACCGCAGCGAAGCUCGUUCGCACCACCAUUUUUUUCGGGAGCGCCACAUCACUGACCCGGGAGGUGGACAGCAGGACAACCUGGGCAACGAGACUGGCGGACCAGCCGCACAAGCAGAAACCGCAGACGCAGACGAAGGCAACGCUGACAACGUCGCAGAGUCUUCGUCACCCCAGCCCGAGCACGCCUGGGUGACCUACCAGCCGGAUGACGACAGCGACGAUGGACAACAUUUAGCGCUCGAUUCGCUCUACCUGCCGUUGUAUAGCGACGGCCUCGCACGGUUCCAGCCUGCAGCCAAAACCAUCGCCAAGUACCGCCGCGCACAGGCGGCCAAGGCGCGCGAAGCGGUUGCCAAUGAUCGGUUGCAUGAGCUCAGGAGUCUGCCUCGGUCCCAGCUGCACGCUCUGCGAGGUCUUGCUGAAAAGCGACCGCCGCCGCCACAGCAACAGUUUGAGAGUGGAAUUUCUGUCAAGCGCCGCCGUGAUACAUUACCCGGGUUGGCCCAUGCCGCCACACCCAUGCCCAGCGCUGUCGGCCCCUCCGGUCGGUUGGACGUACUGGGGGAGGCUGCCGCCGCCUUCACACCGGCACCUGGUACGGGAUUGUCCUCGUGUGGUCCGCCGUGGCUAGUCCAUGAAGAUUGGCUCAUUCUGCAAGUGGUGCAAGACCAAGAGGCACUGCUGGCAACGACCCAUGACUCUGCGGCGCUCGGCGCGGCCUUUGACAGCCCGCUCAAACUUGCCAAGUGCAUCAAUUGGCAUUUGGUCGCGGAAACGUUGCGCGUGGCGUUAGGGUUGUCUGAACUGCCACGAAGCGCAGAGCAGUGCCGAGACCGAUUCAUCAGUGUCAUUCGCCUCCGCGAGGCUGGUGUCAAGGUUGAGCAGCCAUUUGUUGCGCUUGCCCACGAGGAGCUUGAGGCAGCUCGACGGUCCGCCCAAGCGAAUGCCAGCCUUGCGCAGCUCGUUGGCCAAAAGCACGCAGCGCCGUCGACGGGUUUGGCCAUGGCGUCGUCCAACACUGCAUCCAGCGCAGGGCUGCAAGUGUCAAUCACAGCGGGCGCUCAUGGCUUGGGUUUGGCAUCAGGAACCCCUGGAGUUCCAUCCAGUUCCGGCGCUGGUGCUGGCUCUCAGUUCCCGGCGGGAGCCGCUGCAGCAGCAGCUGGCGGUAGCUCUGAAAGUCGCGUCAAGUUCCAUUCGCGGCUUCGCGGCAUUGCAGAGUCCACCAGCGCGACCCAUAGUUCGGCGGGAGCCGAGCCCAGUGCCGCAGCCGCUGGCAGAACGGUUGCGUUUGCUGAGCUGUUCAAGGCUGCUGCUCGACAGCCACCCCUGAUUGCACCGGAUGGCAAGUACAUGAACACACUCGAGCUGCACGACAUGGACAAGGGCCGCGCUCUCUCGGGCUUGGUGACUGGCUCGAUGCACGCACUGACUGUGAUGAUUGACCGCAACCGCUCUACUCCCGUUCCCAUAUGGCGUGAGACGCGCCAAGGCUCUUCUGCAGCAGCACCUGCGGCGUUGCCGAAGCGUGAGGUACAUUUGUCUCAUGUCCAAGCGCAGUUGAUUGCCACCUCUCGGUCUGGUUUGGAACAACUGGAUGCGGACGCCGGCGUCAUGUUGCCCAAUGCCGUCAUUCCCAUGAUCAAAGCACAGCGCGAGCAGGCUUGGAUUGCAGCAGACACUCAAAAGCUGCUGCAAUUGACGCAACCAACCAACACCACAUUGUCUGCAUUGAAGACUCAUCCAUCGACCGUCGGGACUGCCUCGAACGUGUUGCACUCGCAUCUUGGUGCACUACUUGCGGCUGCAACCAAAUCGCUUCAGCAGCAGCAGCAACAAGUGCAA